GUACACAAGCUAACUUCUCAUUGAGAGGGUCCCGUCAUUUGACUCGCUCUAGGUCCGGAUACACUUUCGUGGACUCCUAGCAGGGAAACUGCAUUAUCUGUUGUAGCUGUUAGUGAUCCUUGCUAAGUAUUUUUGGGGCUGUGGACUUUGUCGUAGCGGUAGACUGCUAAUCUUGUCAGAAAGUGAGCGGUUGUUUGCCCAGUGUAAAUUGGCAAAUGAAUAUUUUAUUAUUUUAUAAUGAGUGGGAGGCAUGUGAAUGGAAGACUUGGUCAUUCAGAGAUUGCAGCCGCUUUUCUCUGGGGAUCUCACAUCGUGUCUCUCUUUGGCAUUUCAGAAUAGCUGCUGGAAAGCUGCCCUGCCGUAGCCGCUGACGCUAUGGAAGACCGCAUCCGCUGGUCUAGGCUGUAGGAUGGUAGCGCACAGCAAGGUGUCAGCAGAUAACGCAGUUGCAGCAGACCCGAGAUGUCUACUUGACCCUCCAGCACGGGAUCGUUCGCAGGCUCGAGGCUACCACGGCCCAGGCCGGCCCAGCACUGUGCAGGCACCGAGCAACACACACUUCCGAACCUUUCGCUCGCAAGCGGAUUUUAGUAGCAUCACUCGAGCAAGCAGCCUGCUGGAUGCCUGUGGCUUCUACUGGGGACCUCUGACUGUCAGUGCUGCCCACGAGAAGCUGAAGUCUGAGCCCGAGGGCACCUUCCUCAUCAGGGACAGCACGCAAAAGAACUGCUUCUUUGCCAUCAGUGUUAAGACUGCGACUGGGCCCACCAGCAUCCGGAUAAACUUUCAGACUGGGCGUUUCAGCCUGGAUGGCAGCAAAGAGACUUUUGACUGUCUGUUUAAGCUGCUGGAACAUUACCUAAGCUCCCCGAGGAAGGUACUGGUUACCCCCCUGCGCAAAGUCCGUGUGCAGCCCCUGCAGGAGCUCUGCCGGAAGAGCAUUGUGAAGACUUUUGGAAGAGACAACUUAAACCAGAUCCCCCUCAAUCCUGUUUUAAAGGACUAUCUGAAAUCCUUCCCAUUUCAGAUAUAAGUACAGCAUUAACUGUAUAGGGACACGGGAGAUGCGUAAAGAAAUCCAGCUUCCUGGGUUUUUAAACAUGUUUGACAGCGAGCAAACUUAUUUUUGUAGCAAUUUACUGUAUUUUGGGAUGCAACUUGAACACUUGACUUCUUAUGUUUACAAAAACUGUUUGCACAAACCUGGGGUUCUAAAACCCUGGCAUAACUUUUCUGCCAAGCAGAAUAUUUUAUUAUUUUAUAAUAUUUUUAAUGAUAUUAACGUAAUAAACUUUAUUGUGAAAGUUUUUAAAA